AUCAGCUAAUGGGUGAUCAGCUUUGGAUCAACUUAUGGAUGAUAAUAAUGUCAACACAAUUGAUAACAAUUAGAUCCCAAUCGACGACUGCCUGAAACAGAUCCACAAAAACCUCACAAAGACAUAGACAUAGAGAGAGAGAGAGAGAGAGAGAGAGAGAGAGAUCUAAUUUCAAGAAGAAGUGUCAAAGAAGGAGAAGACAUAUAAAACUAUAUAUUUUUUUAAAAAUUUUAAUUUCAUCCAUAAGUUUGAAAAGUUUUAAAAAAUCGUGUUUUCAAUCGAGAGAUUACGUCCCACAAGAAGUGGUGAUAGUAGUGGUGGCCGAACAAGAAGAAUAAGAAGACAAACAUCUACGACAACAACAACACGUCGUAAAGUUGUAAUGUCUUCUUCUUCGGCAACAGUUGUCAACAAAAACAAGUCGUCGGUGUCAGUAGUAGUCGGCGGCAGCGGUGACGAUGACAAUGGCAACAAUACAACAACAACAACAACAACUAGAAGAGCUUCGGCAGCAACAGCUACGGCUGCCCUGGAAGUGACCGACAGCGACAUCGACGACGAAAUGGCCAAAGACAACAAUAACAUAUCGUCGGCGACGGUGGCCAGCGAUGCUGUUGGCGUCGACAACAGCGCCAACAACAACAACAACAGUAUCGAUGGCUUUGAUUUUGAUACUCCCGAAGAGUUUUUGUUAUACCAUUCCCGUACCGGUAAUCUAAAAGUAGUGGAAAAACUGAUACUAUUGGCUAAGAAAAGCGAAAUUGAUUUGGAUCUCAAUUGCAAAGGCAAACAAAAAAGUAAUUACGGCUGGAGUCCACUACAUUUGGCCGCCUAUUUCGGUCAUCUGAAUGUCGUCGAUGAACUACUCAACAAUAACUGCGAUGUGAAUAUAGUGAACGAAUCGGGCGAUACGGCCCUCCAUAAGGCCGCCUAUACGGGCCGUGAGGACAUAUGCGUACGGCUGGUGGCCGCCAAUGCCGACGUACUUAUUAUCAACGGCGACGGUCUGACGCCGCGCGAAUUGGCCCGCAAAGAGUCGGUCAAACGUAUACUGUUGGCGGCCGAAGAAGCGGAUGUCAAGCGCCGCGAGGAACGCUUUCUGAGCGCCGCCCGUAACGGCGAUAUCGAUACGAUGCGGUCGCUGUUGGCCGACACCAGCAAACCGUUGGACAUCAAUUGCAAAGACUUAUCGGGUAAUACAGCCCUACAUUGUUCAGCCUAUAGGGCACAGAAAGAGGUGGCCGUAUUCCUGCUCAAGCACGGCAUCGACGUAGCCGUCAAAAACAAUCGGGGACAGUUGGCCUCGGCGCUGGCACCGAACGUACAAAUCAAACAACUGUUACACGAAGUACAGCCGCUGAACGCACAGUUAGCCGCACUGAAACCGAAAUCGGUUGGCCGUUUCGAGGGACCACUGCUCAAAAAGGGCCGUUUUCUUGGCUGGCGACUGAUCUGGGCUGUCCUCGAGCGGGGAGUGUUUUCGUUUUUUGCCCGACGCGCCGACGCCAGUACCGGUACCCGUCGUAAGGGCUACCGGUAUCUGGAAAGUGCCAUAUGUGAGCCGUGCCUGGACGGAGGACCUCAAGAGGAAACCAAAUUUGUCAUCUAUUUUAGCGAUCGUUCCCGUGUACUGUUGUCGGUGCCGUCGGGCGGCGAAGCCGUACUCAGUUCGCCGGUAACUGUUGAACGCCAGAAAUGGCUGAACGCUAUCAACGAUCAUAUCUAUUACGGAACAAACUUUAUUAAACAAGGAAUGAGAUACGAUUGCGACUCGGAUGACGAAGAACUGCAAGAUUUGGUGCCAAACACCGGUAUACAGACACUGAUACAGACGGCCAAUGCUCACCAAUCGAUACUUGAGAGGCAUAUACGAGCCAUGCUUCAGCUAAACGAUGAUAUUGUUGCCACUGAAAGACAGUUGAGUCAGUGUAAUGGCAGCGGUGGCGGCGGUUCAGGUGCUGGCGGUGUCUGUGCCGGCGAUACAUCAAUCAACAGUUGUGAUCAGUCGUUCAACGAUUCCUAUAACCGAUUGGAUACCAGUGCCGCCGCUGUUAGUCUAUACUCGGAUCUCAUCGCUACUACGUUGCCAUCGAUUAAGUUUCACGUAAAUCUAAUACUAGAAUCGUCGGCCAAUGCUACCGGUGCUCUUAGCCAGUGUCUAACAGUGUUGACCCAUCAGGACGAGGUGAGACAAAUGCUACUAAAACAAGAACAAGAAAAAGUACGCGUUUUGGAGGACGCCCUGCACGUGCUGGCCCGCGAGCAUCACGACCUUGAACAAUCGUUGGCCACUAGUGUCAGUGUUGGCGGCGGUAUCGGCAGCGGCGGCGGCGGAAACAAUAAUAAUCACCAAUCGUUUGGUACGUGCUAUCAUUCGCCGCCCGCGCGCAGCCAAUCGCUGUGCGGAAUGUCCGAUACGACCACAAUCGGCGGCGAUGUCGACGAAUUUUUCGAUGCCUUCGACGACUAUCCCGACGACCAGUUGUCCGAAAAGACUAUAACACUGAGUAUUAACGGUGGCGCCGAUGAUGCGGACGAUAUCAACGACAGGACACCGGCCCUGGAAUCCUAUGCAACAACAACAGUGACCAGCGAUUAUAUGACACCCGUAGCCUCGAUGGCCGAUAUAUGUGCCGAAUUGCCAAGCGAUGGACAGUAUCGAGAUCGUCUACCAUCAGUGAUGGUCCCGCGCGAGGAGGUGUCUCUCUGGUCGAUACUCAAGCACUGUAUCGGCAAAGAGUUGUCCAAAAUUACGUUUCCCGUAGUUUUCAACGAACCCCUAAGCUUUUUGCAGCGUAUGACCGAAACCCUAGAGUACGCCCAUCUACUCAAUGAGGCCGACCAACUGGACGACCCUAUCGAGCGCAUGGAGUAUGUCUGUGCGUUUAUCGUGUCGUCCUAUUCAUCCAAUUGGUUGCGUCUAAACAAACCGUUCAAUCCGCUACUGGGCGAAACCUACGAGUACGACCUACCCGAACUGGGGCUACGUGUCCUGUUUGAACAGGUAUCCCAUCAUCCGCCCAUAUCGGCCUGGCAUGCCGAAAGCGAUCAUUUCAUAUUGCACGGUACGAUUAAUCCGAAAUUGAAAUUUUGGGGCAAAUCUAUUGAGGUAUCACCGGAGGGAACCAUUACGUUGAAGUUGAAAAACAAACCCGACGUCUAUACAUGGAAAUCGGUUAACUGUUGUGUACACAAUAUUAUUGUCGGCAAACUAUGGUUUGAACAGUAUGGCCUAAUGGAAGUGGUCAACCAGUCCAAUGGUAUGCGCACACAAUUGAACUUCAAGCCGGCCGGUUGGUUUGGCAAAGACCUGCACCGGUUCGAUGGAUUCAUCAAUUCACCAAACAAAGACAAGUUACGGUUCGUCUACGGCAAAUGGGCCGACUAUUUCAAGACUGCCGGCGCCGAUGAAUACGACGAAUACAUGCGCAUCAAUGCCAACAAGUUUCGCGUACCCGAUCGGCCGGCCGGCGAACAGCCGUCGACGCCGCGCAAAGUGUUCUCCAAACUCAAUAGUCUCACACGACAGCUGACUGGCGGCGGCGGCGGCGGCAGUCAAUCGAUGUCGUCGUCGGACGAUACGCCCGAUAACGGCUCUGGCAAUACUAAUAAUAAUAAUUCAUCGGCCGCUACCGGUGGCCAACAACAAACGGCCGAAAAUGGUGUAUCGAAUGGCGGCGGCGGCGGCGAAAUUCCCAAAAGUGAUUCCUCACAUUCGCUGGACAUUCCCAACUCGCGGCUACUAUGGCAGGCAAUCGCCCGACCCGAACAUUCGGCACAGUAUUAUCACUAUACACUGUUUUCGAUGUCGUUGAAUCAGCUACUGGACGAUCAUCGUCGCGGUAGUAAACGUUUGCCGCCAACCGAUAGCCGCUAUCGGCCCGACGUACGCAAACUGGAAGACGGAGAUCUUGAUAGUGCCGCCGUCGAGAAGAAUCGUUUAGAAGAAAAACAACGAGAAGUUAGACGACAGCGCAAAAAGUCUAAACAAGUUUGGCAGCCAUUAUGGUUUAAAGCCGAACAAAACAAGUAUACAAAAGAGGACGACUGGAUAUAUACCGGUCACUAUUGGGAAAGGGAUUGGAGUCGAUGUCCAGAAAUUUAUUGAAAUUUUAUUCGCAAUAUCUAUAUAUAUAUAUAGGAGUAGUAGUAUAUACCGUAAUAUUGUAAUAGUAGUAGUAGUAGUAUUAGU